GAUCCUUUACUUCAAUCACAGACCAGUGAUUUUAAUGAGGAAGGUGUGUCUAGACAGGUUCUUUUACUCAUGGAAACCACCAUUGAGCCUGAAAUGGAAGACAUGACUGCACUGAUUCAAUCACCACAAAUAUUUUCCUUUGACUUUGAUAGAGAAGAUUUUUCUAAACCAAUUCAAUCAACACUAAUAGAAACCACUGAUUCUAAAAUAGAAGGUUGGAUCAGACCAGUGCCAUCACCACAAAUAGAGAACUUUGACUUUGAGACAGAAGACCUUGCUGCAUCAAUUCCUUUGAAUCAAAAGGAUCCAACUGACUCUGUAAUGGAAGAAGUCACUGAACCAAUACGAUCUCCACAAAUAGAAACUGCUGAUUAUGAAAUUGAAGACUCCACUAUGCUAAUGCUUCUACCACAAAAAGAAACCAUUGUUUCUGUUACAGAAGACCUUACUGAACCAGUGUCAUCACCACAAAUACAACCCACUAUGUGUAAAAUCGAAGACAUUAGUCGACCAAUAUUAUCACCAGAAAGAGCGACCAUUGAUUCUGAUGCACAAGACAUCACUCAACUAGGGCCACCACAAAUAGAAGAGACUUUAUCUAAAAUAGAAGACAGAACUGGACCAAUGCCAUCACAAAAAGAGACAAUUGAGCGAAUUCACUCUGAUAUCCAAGACAUAUCUGGAAUGGUGCCACGGCAAAGAAAGCUUGACACAGAAGGCGUAUUACCUUUACCGCUUGAAGAGACCACUGACUCAUCUACAGAAGACACAUCUCAAACCGUAUCAGAAAUAAAAACUUUCGUGUCUGUAAUGGAAGACAUAAAUGGAGCAAAACAAUUAGGUCCCGAUAUAGUGCUGCUACAUGAACCAGUCCAAUCAUCCCACAGAGACAGGUCUGAUGAUGAGGACUUGUUUGAAUUCGUUCCAUUACCAAAUGAAUCUAUUGCAUCAGAGGACAUAUCUGACAUGUUCCCAAGUAAAGAGGAUUUAUUUGAACCAGUGACAUCACCAACGGAAGAUUAUGUUGUAUAUGCUACAGUGAAACCAUCUCAUUCAGUCCCAACCACAGACGAGACACCAGGUUCAGUGCCACUCUCAACAUCUCAGAAAGAAAGUACCUUUUCUAGUAUACAGGACCUAUGUGACCCACUGCCAUUAGCAAUUAAAGACACCACUGAAUCUCAUGAAGAUGAUUUAUAUGGGAAGAUCACUGUAUCUUGUACAGAGAAACUCAAUGAAUCACUAGCAAACGAAGAAUCUGAUUUGUACGAUACUCACUUUAUACAUGACUUAGUACCAUCACCAUGGCAGGAGAUAGAUAAUCAAUCUCAUUUACUUCCAUUUGCAUCAUCAUCAGCAGCAACAGCAGACAAUGAGACCUGUAUGUCCAAUGUAGAGGACCUUCCUGGAUCAGUCUCUUCACCUUAUGGAGAGAACAUUGCAACAGAUCUCUGUAGUCCACCGCAAAAUGUAGAUGAAAUAUCACAGUCACCAUUUUCUGAACCACUCCCACUACCACACAGACAGAUAACAGAAUCUGAAAUACAAGAAUCAUCCCAGUCAUCCGGACUUGAAACAUCACCAGAGAGAGAAACUCUUUUAUUAGAGAUGGAAUUCCCAAAUGCAGAUGAACUAAGUGAUACAGGGGGCCCAUCUAAACUAGUUCCACUGCAUCACAAAGUGCCUACAUUUUUGGAUCUAGGUGAGUUAUCGUUAUUUGUUCCAUCAUUACAGAAAGAGGUCAGUCUACCUGAUACAGUUAAUAUAGCUGACCUGGUCGUAAAUGCAGAGGAUGCGUCUACACCAGAGCUGUCACCAAACAAAGAUAUGUCCGUGUGUGACACAGAGAGAUUUUCCAGACCAGUGCGAGCACGACCUUCAGAGGACUUAUUUGACGCAUUGUCAGACGAAUUAUGUGACCCAGUCACAAGACCAAAUGAAGAGAUCACUGUUUCGGAUCAUGACUAUCCUCUUGAACCCAUCUCAUGGCUACAUAGUGAAUCUUCUGUGUCAGAUACCGAUGACCUUUUGGGACUCGUUCCAUCAGAACCUGGGGAAAAGACUUCCUCUGACAAAGAAGUCCCCUCAAUGUUAGCAUUGUCACCGCACAAAGAACUACAUUUUUUGGAUACUGGGCUCUUAAACAAAGCAUUGCAGGGUACAGAGGAGAUUUCAAGACUCAUGUCAUCACCACCCAAAGACACACCUUUGUCUGAUAGUAAGGACCUAGCUCAGGCAUUACCUACCAAAGAGACCCAUACUUGUGAUGUCGAAAACAUAUUUGGACAAAUGCCACAAACUAUCACUGAGUGUGACAGAGAGGACAUAUCUGAAUCAGCAUCACCAUGCCAACAAACCUCAUUGUCUGACAUUGAGAUCCAACCUCUACCAGUGUCCUCACCACAUCAAAACAUACUACUGGAGGGUGUGUCUGAAAUAUACUCAAAUGAAAGGAAUGUAUCUGAAUCAGCACCAUCUCCUGUUAAAAUGAUGGUACCUGAUACAGAAGACACAUGCAAAUCCGAUGUAUUUGCUAUGGAGGAGUUCUAUGAACCACAACCAUCACCUUACAAAGAGACCACAGCAUUACACGGUUACACUAAUACAGAGGGCCUCUUUGAACUUGUCCCAAACAUGGAAGGGAUAUCAACAGGAAUACCAUUACCAGACAAAAAGGGAGAAGCAGCUGAUGCCAAGGAAUCUGGUGCAGAGGUUGUAUUUAAUCCAUAUCUGUUAGCGACAGAGGACAGACAUUUGCAUACACAACUGCAAAAAAAAACCACUGAAUCUGAUACAGACAGCAGUUUUGAAAGAUUGCCAAAUGUUGGUGCUGUACCAGCAAAAGUGCCAUCAUUACAUCAAAAGACUGCUGAGUCUGAUAUUGAGGACUCCACUGGUUCUGUGCCUUUUUCACCACUAAAAACGAGUAAAGAAUCUGAAAGUGGGUCUGAAAGGUCUUCACUAUCAUCCAAAGGGGAUUUCUCUGAACCUGUUCUAUCAUCAUUGAAAGAGACAACCAUGUCUGAUGCAGAGGACUUACUUGGACCAAUUCGACUAUUACAAGGAGAGAGCCCUAUAUUUCACAUACCUCGACCAGCGACAAUGCCACCACCACGUGAAGAAAGGCGAAAGAGAAGGAGGGCAUUCUGUCUCAGGAUCCCUGAUCAAAAUGAACUAAAACUCCCUCUAAAGUCUGUCACAUCAGAUAUACAAUCAUUCCCAUGCCAAGAUCAUCAGGGCCCCAAACCAGAGGGUUUAUGUGAUGAAUUGGUGAAAAUGGAAAGCAAGGGGGAACUGAGUCCUGGACAGACAGACCAAGAAUGCUCGCCGAUACUCCCCAAAACCUCAGCACAAAAGCAGAAGAUGGAGCAAACAUCAAUGAAUGUCAGUUCUACCUCAUCACCCAGUGACCAUUUUUAUCAUAAACCAAAGAAGUAUCAAGGUAUUAAAAAAAAUGAGCCAAGUCCAAAAGCUGAAAUAAAGCCUCCUCCCAGGCCUAGAAGAGGGCACAUUGUUGAUCAGCAGCAAUCAUCCUCUUCAACUAUUAAAACAUCUAAGUCAGGAAAAGACUCUACCAGUAAGGUUUCUUCUGAUCUAUCAAAAAAAGGAAGAAAUAGACAGGAUACAUCUAGCCCAGUGACCCCACCACACAAAAAGGUUACCGUAUCUUGUAUGCCUCAACCAGAGCGGCCCCAAGGACCACUUCAUGAGGUAAAAACAGUACGACAUGCACUUCCUUUCACAACACCCAAUCAAAAGGAGCCACAACUUUCUCCAUAUGCUGCAAGAUCAGCCUACCUGCCUAAAAUGCGCCAAGCGCCUUCUAAGGCACAAAAACCUGAGGAUGUUUGCAGAGAACUCCGAGAAAAGGAAAGGAAAGGACUAUCUGGGUCUAAAACACCCCACCAACGUGGGCCACUGGCACCGCCACCAAAAGAGAAAACCGUACCUGAUAAAACUCGACCAGGACCAAUGCCGCCUGCACGACAGAGGAAAAAAACAACACGGCCAUCAUUUACAAUCAGAGUUCCUGAUCAACAGUCGACAGUUGCCCCACGGGUCCUGAGCAAAACCGAUGUUUGUGGUGCGCUAAAUGAACAAAGAAAAGGGUCUCAAACCACUGAAGAGUCACACACAGAACCAUCACAGGCUCCAGACAAAACUUCUCAAAAACAGGUGAAAGGAAACAAAUCAGCACUGAAAAGUGUCAACUUUCCACCAAUUCAUGAUUCACAUCACAGACAGAAGGCUAGUGUUGAUAGCUGGUGUUCGGAUACCAAAAUAACAGAAGAAAAGCCAAUGUCGGAGAUCCAUCCACUGUCUCCAUAUAGAACCAAGCUUGCAACUCCUGUUCCUCCAACGGCUGAGACCAGAAGUCAAGAAAUAAAAAAAAAUGAUAUUGAGCCCAGACCUGAGAUCCAGAUUUCAAGCAGUCCUGGUGAAGAAUUGCUGAUUAAUCAAGACCCCAAUCCACUCAAAGCCAAGAAGUUCACUAGUCUGGCAGAUAAGAGAAAGGAACUAGGGUCUAGAUAUGAGAUACGGGGUCAGUACAAACCCAAGGGCGGAGUGAUUGUCGAUAGAGAACUCGAACCCCUUAGACCUAAAACACAUUCGAGACGAAAUGUUAUAGGGCGUGGAUCGGCGAUACGGACUGCAUAUCGGCCUAGAGGAGGACCAAUCGUUGAUCAAGACCAGAUUCCAAUGAGAUCCAGGACACAACCAAAUAUGGGUUCAAUACAAAAAGGGCUAGGGCUUGGAUCCAUCAGAUGUCCUCCAGACAAGCUUAAACAAGAAACCAUUUUUGAUCCAUUGACAUUUAAGUCAGAAUGCCGGAGUCUGGGAAUGAAACAAAAUGAGCCUGUAUCUGUGAUACAGCCAUAUAGACGCAGGGAAGAUAUGCUUUUUGACAAUACAAUGCUACUAAGAACCAAGGCAGACUCGAAGACAACAGAUUCAAGGAGACCCACAUUUAGUACUGCUAAUAGGAAUGCCACCAUGCCAGAAGCUAAAAAAACCCUACAAAUGGCAAACAUGUCGCUUGCGGCCUCAUCAGUCACGUGCUCCAAUUGUGGACAUAGUGCCUCUUUCAUUCAGUGCAGACAAGACGUGAUGAUCGGAUGUCAAACACGGAUUCCUCGGCCACCGAGUUGUAGGAAUAUGGCUGGACCAAUAUUGAAAAAGAUAGCCAUGUACCCCCCUCAAAGAUUAAUAACAUGCAAAAUGGGUUCAGUUGAGACAGACAUAUUCAAGCAACUUAAAUACGCUCCUGCUCGCACUUUUUAAUGAUGACAUACCCUCACGAAAAAUACAUUUUCAAUGCACCACAAUACCAAUCUACUAAACCUCUAUCAAGUAUUA